ACUUCCUGCAGCUGUUUGCCUGUGGGGCGGCUGGGACUGACUUUUGACAGUCAGCCUUCAGCCGUGGAGGGACUCGGCGGCGGCCGGCGGAGAAAGUUGCUGUGAGGCGAGGCGGAGGGGAGCCGGGCCGAGCCGGGCGCGCGGGGCGGGCGUCCCGGGCAGCGGGCGCCGCGGCUGCCGGCGCGUCCCGGGGUUCCGAGUUGAAGACCCAGCUUCUCAUCACCCAUUGGAUUAUGCCCAAGGUUUUCCUGCCUGAUGAUCCUCUUGCAACACACAGGGCUUCCUCCGCCUAAGCGGCCCUCAUCCUCUCCUCCUAUGUCAGUGGCCACCAGGUCUACAGGAUCCUUGCAGCUUCCACCACAGAAGCCUUUUGGGCAGGACGCUUCCUUGCCUCUGGCAGGGGAAGAAGAGUUACCUAAGGGAGUGGAGCAGGACUCUGCCCUGGAGGAGCUAUGUAAGCCCCUGUACUGCAAACUCUGCAAUGUCACUUUGAACUCAGCACAGCAAGCCCAGGCUCAUUAUCAGGGUAAAAACCAUGGUAAGAAACUCCGAAAUUACUAUGCAGCAAAUAGCUGUCCCCCUCCUGCCAGAAUGAGCCAUGCGGUGGAGCCUGCAGCCACUCCAGUCGUUCCAGUCCCCCCACAGAUGGGCUCCUUUAAGCCGGGAGGCAGAGUGAUCCUGGCCACAGAGAAUGACUACUGUAAGCUCUGUGAUGCCUCCUUCAGUUCUCCGGCUGUGGCGCAGGCACACUAUCAAGGGAAGAAUCAUGCCAAGCGGCUGCGGCUGGCGGAAGCUCAGAGUAACUCAUUCUCGGAUUCCUCAGAGGUGGGCCACCGGCGGGCCCGGAAGGAAGGGAAUGAAUUUAAGAUGAUGCCUACUAGGAGAAAUACGUAUACAGUGCAGAAUAAUUCAGCAGGUCCUUACUUCAAUCCCCGCUCUCGGCAGAGGAUUCCACGUGAUCUAGCCAUGUGCGUCACUCCAAGUGGCCAGUUUUACUGCUCCAUGUGUAAUGUUGGGGCUGGUGAAGAGAUGGAAUUCCGGCAGCAUUUAGAGAGCAAGCAGCAUAAGAGCAAGGUGUCUGAGCAGCGGUACAGGAGUGAGAUGGAGACUCUGGGCUAUGUAUAGUGAAUGUCUCACGCAGAUAACGCGGCUGUCCACUUACGCUGCUCUGUGGUCCUUUUGAUAUGAGUACAUUCCUCUGCGUACUGUUAAUAUGUGUGACCUGCACUGGUACCAUGAGAUGUCAAAACAGGGGGCGGGGGGGUGGAGAACCAGCUUCUUAGGUCAUAGUGCUAUAGUGCUUUUCAGGUUAAUGUGUCGAGCUACUUCCAGCAUGUGACUUACCUACCUACACCAUCAGAAAUAACUUUUUAUCUGGCCCAACUUCUGGUUGACUGGUAGCCUGACCAUUUAGAACUACGACAUCUUCUUUUACAAUUUUGGUUUGAUAUACUAUUAAAUAAAUAAUUGUGUUGAGUUCUUCUGAUCACAGUGAAGCUAGGUGAGCAGAGAUUUCAGUUUCCCUAGGCUGCAUUGGAACCACCACCUCUAUGCCUCGUGAGUCAGACUCACUGUUAUAAACUGUGUUAGGGCCUUUCCCAGGAUAGUUUUUUGCUGUAUCAUAUCUCUGUAUCAUUGAAAUGUAGGUUUUUCUUGAACUCAAGAUACUUCCACUAUGCUUCUGUCCUUCAGACAGCUACCCAUCAUUUCCAGCUGUGGAUUUCACACGUCUGAGGGCCACCUUCUUCCCAUCUCUUUUUUUUUUCCUAGUUGAACCAGCUUGUCUAACAAGCUCAGUUUCAUGUCCCAGCUGUGCUGUGGGUUUCCAAGCCUCACAUACGAAUAUUCAAUGAGUUUAAGAUGGAUAUGAAUUUAAAAAAAUAUAUUUUUCAGCUUAUUUUAGGAAACAAAAAGAUGCGUGUGAUUUUUCCAUUUAGAAUUACUUCAUUGAUCAGAACGUUGUGUGUGAUGGUCUCAGUUGUAAGUUCAGAUUGCCUGAUAUUUUAUUUUGUCAGACUUUUUAGAUAAUCUAAUUCUUAUGCUUAAUUAAAUUCUUCUCCGGCCUGCCAGUUUGUUGGUAGUCCUGAAAAAUAUCACUACCUGCUAUUUUAUACAUAGAGAAGAAUUUUUAAAAAAGCAAAUCAAGUAUCAAUACCAUCAUUUCCAGUAGAUAAAACACAUGAACUGUGGUUUUAUUUUUGUAAUUUGGCUUUUUGAGGUUACAAAAAAAUAUAGAUUACUUUAGUGUCUGGUAAUUACAGUAGUAUUGGGAGUUUUUUGUUUUGUUUUUUGUUUUUAAAUAAGUUAGUAUAUGUCUAGAUUAACUAAUGGAGUACUCUGUGAACUUGAACUGCAUUUGAUGUAUUUACAGUAGUUUAGUUUACAAAGGAUAAGACUGGUGCUCAUCCUCACUUCUUUUGAAAGGCCACACUCACCAGGAAGUUUAUAUUAAACAGUAUCUUUACACUAUGGUCAAUUCAGAUGUGAUUGCUUACAUUGCUAAUUAAAGAUAAAACUCCUGUUUUUUUCUUGAGAUUUCUAUGGACAAAUACAUUGGGGAGGGUGGGAAGGCAAACUGUAAUCAUCAUUCCUUUUCUGUAAUACUUUGGAACAUUUUUAAACAACAUAGAUCCAUCCUUAAAAAUCAGUUUUGUGAUUAAC